AUGUACGAUUACAUCUAUCUAUCUGUCUAUCUAUCUAUCUAUCUAUCUAUCUAUCUAUCUAUCUAUCUAUCUAUCUAUUUCACUCAAUAUUCAAAAAUUUGUAUCUGUUACUUUUUUUCCGUCUCUAUUUCUUCCUUUCUCUCUUUCUUUCCUUUUCUCGUUCUUUCUUUCUUUGUUUCUUUUUUGUUUGUUUUUCGUCUGCCAUUGUUUCUUUCCAACCAUUUUUUCUACUUUUUCUUUAUUUCUUUUUUCGUUUUUCUUUCUUUCGUUAUCAAGAUUUCGUUUUUCUUCUCAUCUAAAUUUAUUUUUUCCGUUUUUAUACGCUUUCCUUCUUGCCUAAAUUCUCUUUCUUCCUGUCAUUUCUUCAUUCUUCCAUUUUUUUUAAAUAUUUUUCUUUCUUGUUCGAUUUCUGUAUUUAUUUAUCCCUACUCCUUUUUUGAUAUCAUUCCUUCUUUCCUUUCUCAUUUGUUUUCUUUUCUAACAUUGUCUUUUUUUAUAGGUUUUCCCUUUUCAUUUAUUUAUUCUUACUUUCUCGUUAAUAUUUUCCCUUCGUUUUUCUUUGAACUUUCUUUCUUUUUAUUUUUUCUUCAUUCUUGCUUAUUCUUAACCAUUUUUCUUAUUUCAUUCAUUAUCCAUUUUUUAUCAACAUUUUUUUUUUUUUCUUUCUUUCUUUCUUUCUUUCUUUCUUUCUUUCUUUCUUUCUAA